AUGAAACGAUUUGAUCGCGACACUUAUAUUCAAAUCGUCACGAGCAAUAUAAAAGAACGGUGUUCUGUGCACGAGGUUGGUCAUACCCUUGGACUUCACCACACAAUGAAACGAUUUGAUCGCGAUAGUUAUAUUCAACUCGUUAUGCGCAAUAUAAACCCGAUUUUACUCGACUACUUCGCCAAAGUGAUUCCGACGUACGUCGAGGUGAAUGGACUAACAUACGACUACGGCAGUGUUAUGCAUUAUGACGAGCAUUGUGUGCUCGACGAGUAG